GUGCUGGCGGCUCACCUACCCUGCUCUCUGCAUCUUUUCUCCACGUCCCUCUCUGUGCCACAGCCCCCAUGGCCCCCAAAAAGCCAGAGCCCAAGAAGGACGAAGCCAAGGCAGCUCCCAAGGCGGCUCCAGCUCCUGCACCUGCACCUGCACCUGAGCCUGAGCGUCCCAAGGAGGUUGAAUUUGAUGCCUCCAAGAUCAAGAUUGAGUUCACACCAGAGCAGAUUGCAGAGUUCAAGGAAGCCUUCAUGCUGUUUGACCGCACACCCAAGUGUGAGAUGAAGAUCACGUAUGGACAGUGUGGGGAUGUCCUGAGGGCACUGGGCCAGAACCCCACGCAGGCCGAGGUGCUCCGCGUCCUGGGGAGGCCAAAGCAGGAAGAACUCAAUACCAAGAUGAUGGACUUUGAAACGUUCCUGCCCAUGCUCCAGCACAUUUCCAAGAACAAGGACACAGGCACCUACGAGGACUUUGUGGAGGGGCUGCGGGUCUUCGACAAGGAGGGCAAUGGCACCGUCAUGGGUGCUGAGCUCCGCCACGUGCUGGCCACGCUGGGUGAGAGGUUGACAGAAGACGAGGUAGAGAAAUUGAUGGCUGGGCAAGAGGACUCCAAUGGCUGCAUCAACUAUGAAGCAUUCGUGAAGCACAUCAUGGCCAGCUGAGCCCCUCUCCCCAGGGAGCCCAGGGGAGGCCAUGCUGGGGACAUCUCAUCUCCCACCCAUGAUGCUGACACUGGUGGCCUCUGGUGGAGUUGUGGGAAGAGGGGAGCGUAUCAAGACUCCUGCACCACCCUCAGACCUCUCUGCGUGGUUGUCACCUCUGGCCCCUAAUGGGCUGUGCUUACCUGUGACUGCAUCUCUGUCCCUACACCAUGGGCCUCAUGAAUAAAUGGCUUCCUUCCUUC